GCGGGGAUGGUGCUGGUCCCCGGACGGACGGACGGACGGACGGACGCGGACGCGGUCCUCGGAGUCCCCGGGCGGCCCCGCUCAUGCCGUCCUCAGGCCCCCCGGCGAGGGCGGUGCGAGGGUUCGCGUUCAGAAGCUGAGGAUUCUUAAGGGGAACACGUCCCAUCACACCGCGAGAUUCCUUUCUAGCGAGAAUCCAGCCGUCGAUGGCGUUUUUAAUGGGCCAGUAAAGCUCGUUGUUACUUGGAUGUUGGGGUUAGAGGAGCUUAUCAUCAAGCUGCACCUCUGACCCCCGCUGUUAAGCCCACCCCGCUUUUAAGUCUUGAGAAAACGGGGCCGUGUUUCGAGCGAACGUAUUUUGGAGCUGCUGAAUUGAGCCAGAUGUCUGUGAUAGUCCGUCUACUAAGAUUUUGACAUCUGCUGGGGGGGGGGGGGGUCUUGAUUGGGUUCCCGUUCUCUGCCAGUUAAAGAAUUAAAAGGCAGUAAAAAAAAUCUCAAGCCAGGGCAGAUGGCAGCAGUGAAAACAGCUAAUGAGUGAAAUGACAGCUAACGACAGCAUUAUAACGAGGGAGGGUUUUCUAGGGGUGAGGAGACAUGCAGCAGGCAGAGCGGAGGGGGAUUUCAGGAACCCCCAAAUCCAGUCUUCUGGGGGUGUUAAGGGACUGAGGGUUGGUCAGUUUGAACACAGGGUGGCUGAAAGGUCCUCAACUUCGGCCUAAACAUGUCCUGAUCCAGCUUCGAACUUGUGUAGGGGAAGAGCAGAUCCAUCAGCAGGGGACCCUCCUGGUGGGAAAAAAGUCCCACCAGGCCUCCUUUUUAGGCUGCCAGGUUUUUGUUUCAGGUCUGCAGGGUGAGGAAGAAGCCGGCCAGCUUGUCCUGGCUCCUCUCCUGAUCCUUCUACCUCUCAGGGAAGUCUCAGCUCCCAGUCUCCCUGUACUGACUGUGAACUGGUGGUUAAAUCUGGAGACUUGAUCCAACUCAGAAAGGAGAACUUUUCUGUCUGCGGGUUCACACUUCCACUGUGAACAUUUGAAGCCUGGUUUUACUCUUUGUGAUGUUAGCAGGCUCGUUAACUUCUCAGUUGACGCCCGGCCCAAGAACCUCGGUCCACCACAGCAAGCCGAUCUCCGUCCUGUGCAGGCUGGAAAAACCUGCCCGGCUGAGCUGUAAGAGUUCAGCAUGCUCACCUUCUGGUCUCAGCAUCACUAUAUCGCUGGCGCCUUGUCCCUGCGAAUGCAGCCCCGAGGAUUUGGCGACCGCAUAUAACAACAGGGGGCAAACCAAGUACUUCAGCGUUGAUUUUUAUGAAGCCAUGGACGACUACACGUCUGCUAUAGAAAUCCUGCCCAACUUUGAAGUUCCGUAUUACAACAGAGGCUUGAUACGCUAUAGGCUGGGGUAUUUUGAUGAAGCUUUGGAAGACUUCAAGAAGGCAUUAGACCUAAAUCCUGGAUUUCAAGAUGCUGUUUUGAGCUUAAAACAGACCAUUUUAGACAAAGAAGAAAAACAAAGAAGAAAUGCUGAGAAAAGUUACUGAAACUUAAGUUCUUGAAAUUUUAACUCAGGGUCCUUAAACCUACAUCUGAUUAGCUCUAAGAUACGCACGGAACUAUUUUGAUUAUGUGAGAGACUGAAUUUUAGAAGUGAAAGUAAAAUAAUAUGUUUAAUCAAAGUUACUCAUUUCAAGAGAGACCAUGUUGGAUAGAUCUUUUAAUAGAGUAAAUAGAUAAUAUCAAUGUACAUUUAUAAUAAUAACAAAAUAUUUAAAUCGGUAUGUAUGAUUUUUAGUAAAGAUUUUAUUUUUACUACA